AUGGAAGGGCUUGCAUUUCGUGGUAAUGAUGAAUCUGAACAUUCAAGCAACCAUGGAAACUUUCUUGAGCUUCUACAGUUUCUUGCCGACCACAAUGAGGAUGUGAAAGCCGUUACUUUGAAAAAUGCUCCAGAGAAUCACAAAUUGACAUCACUAGAUAUUCAAAAAGACAUUGUAAAUGCUUGUGCAACUGAGACGAUCAAGGCUAUUAUUGAAGACGUUGGCACUUCGUUGUUCUCUAUUUUGAUUGAUGAAUCUCGUGACGUAUCAACGAAGGAACAAAUGGCUAUUGUAUUGCGUUAUGUGGACAAGAAUGGGCAUGUCGUUGAGCGUUUUAUUGGCAUUGAGCAUGUUACUAGUACCAUUGCUCUCUCACUCAAGGAAACCAUUGAUGAGGUAUUUUCUAGGCAUAAAUUGAGCAUGUCUAGGUUGCAUGGGCAAGGUUACGAUGGGGCCAUCAAUAUGCAAGCUUCAUCGAAGCGUUAUGAUCUUCUUCGGGAGAAGCAAUCUAUUGCAGUUAUUGAAGCACUAAACAGUGCCGACUCCUUCUCUGCUUUUGAUAACCAAAAGCUAUUGCGUCUUGUCCAGUUUUAUCCUAAAGACUUCUCUAUGAAUGAGCUGGUGAUACUUAAGAUUCAACUUGAGACUUACAUUGUGGAUAUGCGGUCUAGCAUUGAGUUUUCAGUUGCUACUGCAACCGUUGAAAGAGCAUUUUCGGCCAUGAAAAUUCUGAAGAAUCGAUUAAGAAAUCGGAUGGGAGAUCAAUGGAUGAAUGACAACAUGGUUAUUUUUAUAGAGAUAGAGAUAUUUGAUGGUAUUGGUAAUGAUGUUGUCAUGCAACGCUUUCAGAACAUGAAAACGUGUUGA